UGUUAAAAUUAUACUUUGUAACCGGAAGUAUUUAAAAAAUGUAACCGGAACUACUACCCAACGGGCACAUUCGAUUGGCUAGAUAACACGAGCACUUCCGCAAACAGGAAAAAUGCCCGCCGUGUUGCCUAGUGUGGCAGAACAACUUUUCCAAGAUAUCCGUAAAAUAUAUCGUGACACUGCCCAAAUUCCUGAUGACUUGCUGAUUGCGCUCCAGUUUGUUUUUGGGCCCUGCGCAGUACAAGCUUUGGAUCUGGUUGACCAGCGUUCAGUCACCUGUCUGUCAUCGCCCAGUGGACGCAAGACCUUCCAGGUCACGGGCGGCUCCGGGAGUUUGUACACUUGCUUCACAUCCUGCCACUUCUGCCCGUGUCCUGCCUUCGCCUACAAGGUACUGCGUAGGAACGAAAGCCUGCUGUGCAAACACAUUCUGGCUGUGUACCUGUGCGAGGCCAUGGGUGUGACUCACACCCAAAGUGUGUCGGACGAGCAGAUGACAGCGGUGCUUAGUGGGACUUUGUCACCGUGAGUGCCACUUUCCUUCCACUUGGAAUUUGGAGAUGAACAUUUCAUUUUUUUGGCAUCCAUUAAAGAGUUCUGAGGUUGUUUCCAGGGAAACAUCUGUUGACUCGCACUUUAUUUUUAGCAUCUUGGUUGGGAAACAGGGAGGCCCAGCAUGCUAGUAAAUGUUUGUUCUUCCCUUUGAAAAGCUUGUUUUAUCUGUCAGCAUACUGUACAUCAAUACGACUUUUGAAAUACUGCAAAGUUGGAUCAUGAACAAUAGAAACAUGGCUUUUAUUGACAAACUAUUUGACUGAACUUACAUAAAGAUUGCACUUAAAGUUGAAUAAUGACACAAAGGCGACAGACGCCAGGGUAGAAAAUUUUUUGGGAUUAAGGUAUCUGUUAUUAUCAUUCAAAUAAAAUAUUUAGGUCACCAGACAUAAAUAUGUUGUAAAAAAACAAAACAAAAAGACACCUGUGUACAUUUUUAUACACAUUACACAACAUUACAGUGCAGUUACAGUAGCGAUAUCUCCAUUGGAAUGUUGACACUCCUCUGUAUACGUAUUUACUGUAGCCCUUGAGAAAAGUCAGCUGGCGCACAAAGAGAAGAUGGAUGCUUAUGUUUGGAGCCUUGAAAUACCACUGACAGAAAUGACUUAAAACAAGCAAGUGCAAUGUCAAUCUCUUUGACGUUGUUUUGGCUUUCUAGUUUUAAAAGCGCUAAAUUUCCCCUCGUAACAGAUCUUCCAAAAUAGUUAAAAGUUAGAUGAAAAUAGUGCACAUGGCCCACACUGACCCUAUUAAUAAUAGGUCACUUGAACACCACACUUAAAAAAAAAAUACACAUCAUUAGUUUUCCCUGCUUGAAUUUUGACUUGAUAUCUCAUUGUCUAAUGAAUAGUAAUGGGAAUUAAAAGGAUU